AUGUUGUUUUCGAAUUAUCAGCUUGAAAUAUUAGUGAACAACCGGCCGCUUGAAGAAUGCGUGGAACCAUUUGAGGCUGGAAAAUCCACAACAGGUCCGUCUUACGUUUUUAACGAAUUUACGCGAAAAAGAAUAGAGAACAACCAGACGGUGUAUGCAGCCGUAACUGAGCCUGGCGUUCCGUUUAAAAUUCGAUACAGACUUCCAUCUCGUGUACUAUGCAAAGAACCUGUAAUGGCCUUCGUUUAUGUCGAUGGCCAACACGAUAAUACAUAUUCCGCUCAUACCGGCCCUUCAAGUGUUCAAAACGUCAGAGAAAGUUUUUAUAAUUAUGCUAAAGGAAAGAUAUACAAUUUUAUGUUCGAUAUUACUCUCUGGGUUGACGAUGGUUCCGUUGAUCAAAAUAUUGAAGUCGGUGGCCAGGGUGCGGUCUCUGUCUAUUUCUAUCGGGCGAUGCAUCUUCGCCAAAAUGUUAUCCCUGCAGAUAUCGACUUUAGGUCUGCAAAAAUCCCGGAGAGCCGAGCCGACCUGGGAUUGAAACUCUCCACAUCAUUCAGCGAGAAACCAAUAUCCGUUCAACCAAUGCAUGAAUCUCUGUUAGCACCAACAUCUCUUCAACCAUUGGCAGCUCUUCACUUGCAUUAUCGAGCUGCCUCCUGGUUAAUAGCCCGAAAUCUUCUAAUUCCAUCAGUUAAUAAGAGCAUUGCCCUAUCAGAGGUUACAAGCAACAAUUCUCAUGACACGAAAAUGAAUAUUGAAAGCGCGAUGGGGAAAAAGAGAAAAGCGAGAGAACAUGAUAUUCAUGUCGUAAAAAAAGGAAAUGGCGAGCAAAGGCAUAAUAAUUCCGAUGCAGAGAAUGUCGUUAAAGUUGAGGACGACAACUGCAAAUACAUCAUAAUCAAGACUGAGGUCGAUGAACAAGGAUCUUCUGGACGAACGAAGUGA